AUCGGGCUCGUCUGUUCAAAAUGGCAGCGUCUCAAUCAGGAAGUGAAGAAAACAACUAAGAAGAAUAAGUUGAUUAAAACAGCAUUUUCCCGGCCAAUUCGACGCCAGCUGUUAUUACAAAUUACAGCGCUGCUUGGAUGUUGGAUUUAUAACCAUACGAACACACGGUCAUGAAGAUUAUUGGCCGUUAGACAUACUUGCUCAGACGCAGAGCGUGUGUGUGUGUGUGUGUACGUGUGUGUACGUACGUGUGUGUGUGUGUGUGUGUGUGUGUGUUAGCCGGGCAGCAAGGAUUUAGUCAGCUGGUGGUCAUGUGCGGAGCUGCGGUCUGAUGCCCACCCUCUCCUCAGCGUUGGCCAUGGACGGGGACAAUUACCUGCAUCCAGAGGGCCCGCAGCUGGACGUCAGCCUCUUCCCAGCGGCCUCCCCCAACAACAUGGAGAGCUCUUUGUACGGCUCCGCCGGCCCCUGGCGCUUCUCCUCCCAGCAGGCGGACUACAGCGCGCACAGCCCUAUGCAGUCUGGAAACCAGCAGUACCACCUGAACAACAGCAGCAGCAGCACCACCCCCACCCCGGACGUCAACAUGGACAUAUACCCCGGCUUCCCGCUGGACUUCAGCGGCAUCAACCUCCCGCGGAACGGAGACUUCUCCCAGGACCUGUCCUGCAUCGAUGAUCUCUCCACCAACUCCCUGUUCUCGUCGCCGGCCGACUCCCUGUCCGAGUACACGGACACGCAGGCCUUCAUCAGCACGGACAGCCUGGCCUCGGUGCCCACCCUCUGGGACGUCAACACCAGUACCGCCAGCCCCCCAGCAGCCAGCCAGCUCGAGCUGAACAGGUUUCAGGGUUUGGCCAGUUUGGAUGAUAUAACUGCCAUUAUCAGCACUCCGCCUCUGGGAGGAUUCCAGGCUCGGAGAGCGGAGUCUGCGCCAGAGGAAGAGGAGGAGGCCGAGGAAGAGGAGGCCGAGGAGCUUGGGCAUGUCGACACCUACGCCGACUACAAGCCUUCGAAAUCCACGAUAGGGAUCUCUCAUCCAGACAUCGUGGUGGAGACAAACACGCUGUCCAGCGUGCCCCCGCCCGAUAUCACCUACACCCUGGCCAUCCACCAGUCCACCAUCAACAGUGGCAUGCUGUCCGCCCUGCAGCUGGAGGCCAUCAUCUACGCCUGCCAGCAACACGAGGUGAUCCUGCAGAACAACCAGCGCGCUGGCUUCCUGAUCGGGGACGGGGCCGGCGUGGGGAAGGGGCGCACGGUGGCCGGCAUCAUCCUGGAGAACUUCCUGAAGGGACGCAAGAAGUCCCUAUGGUUCAGCAUAUCCAACGACCUGCGAUUCGACGCAGAGAGAGAUCUCAAAGACAUAGAUUCUGCCCAUAUUCCUGUGCACGCCUUAAACAAGAUAAAGUAUGGAGACACAGCUACCUCAGAGGGAGUCUUGUUUGCGACCUACUCGGCGCUGAUUGGAGAGAGCCAGGCUGGGGGACAGCACCGGACCAGAAUCAAACAGAUCCUGGACUGGUGUAAGGCGGACUUUGAUGGCGUCAUUAUUUUCGACGAGUGCCACAAAGCCAAGAACGCCACGUCCACCAAGAUGGGCAAGGCCGUGCUGGACCUGCAGAACAAGCUGCCCCGCGCCCGCGUGGUCUACGCCAGCGCCACCGGCGCCUCAGAGCCAAAGAACAUGAUCUACAUGAGCCGCCUGGGCAUCUGGGGCGAGGGCACGCCCUUCAAGACCUUCGAUGACUUCCUGCACGCCAUCGAGAAGAGGGGUGUGGGGGCCAUGGAGAUCGUUGCCAUGGAUAUGAAAGUGAGUGGCAUGUACAUCGCCAGGCAGCUGAGUUUCUCAGGUGUGUCGUUCCGCAUCGAGGAGAUUGGGCUGGACAACGACUUCAAACAGGUCUACAACAAGGCCGCCAGACUGUGGGCCGAGGCGCUGCAGAUCUUCAUGCGGGCGGCGGACGAGCUGGGGCUGGUGAGCAGGAAGUCUCUGUGGGGCCAGUUCUGGUCGUCUCACCAGCGCUUCUUCAAGUACCUGUGCAUCGCGGCCAAGGUGCGCUGCCUGGUGGAGCUGGCCAAGAGGGAGCUGGAGGCCGGGAAGUGCAUCGUCAUCGGCCUGCAGUCCACCGGGGAGGCCCGCACCAGAGAGGUGCUGGACGAGAACGACGGCCAGCUCGACCGAUUCGUCUCUGCUGCAGAGGGGGUGUUUUACUCGCUCGUCCUCAAACAUUUUCCGUCGGAGAAGCAGAGGAGGGAGAAGGCGCCCGGCACUAAAAGGAAACGUAAGUGCAAACGCAAGCCUCGCGGCCGGCAGCCCAAGCAGUCGAAGCACACGGUGGACAGCGGCGGCGUGAUCAACAUCAGCGACGACAGCAGCAGUGACUCGGACGGCAUGGACACGGACUCCAACUCCUCGCCCGACUCCCUGCUGGACAACGACGACGUCAUCUUCGUCAACCACACGAGCUACACCGCAGCCAGGAUAGAGGACAUGAAGCAGGGCCUGCUCAACAAGAUCUCAGCGCUGGGGAAGGAACUACCUCUGAACACCCUGGACGAGCUCAUCGACAAGUUUGGCGGCCCGGAGAAGGUGUCUGAGAUGACGGGGCGCAAAGGGCGCGUGGUGCGGCGCGCGGACGGCUCGGUGCGCUACGAGUCGCGGGCGGAACAGGGCAACAGCAUCGACCACAUCAACGUCAAGGAGAAGGACCGCUUCAUGAACGCAGAGAAGCUGGUGGCCAUCAUCUCGGAGGCGGCCAGUUCGGGCAUCUCGCUGCAGGCGGACAAGCGCGUGAGGAACCAGUGCCGGAGAGUCCACAUGACACUGGAGCUGCCCUGGAGCGCCGACCGCGCCAUCCAGCAGUUCGGUCGCACUCACCGGUCCAAUCAGGUGACGGCGCCGGAGUACAUCUUCCUCAUCUCGGAGCUGGGGGGCGAGAGGCGGUUCGCCUCCAUCGUGGCCAAGCGAUUGGAGAGCCUGGGCGCUCUGACGCACGGAGACCGGAGAGCCACCGAGUCCAGGGACCUCAGCAAGUACAACUUUGAGAACAAGUAUGGUACCAAGGCCCUGGAUAAGAUCACCAAGGCUAUCCUGGGUCACAUCGAGAACAAGGUACCCCCUCCCAAGGGGUACCCUGGGGGCGAGGCCCAGUUUUUCAGAGACAUGAAAAUUGGGAUGAUAGACGUCGGCAUCUUCUGUCGGGAGCCCCGCAUCGGGCUCAACACGGAGAAAGGUAAGGGGCUGGGUGUGUGUGUGUGUGUGUGUGUGUGUGUGUUGCUCAGUACUGCAGUGUGGCUCGGUGUUCUCACAAGGCUUUUUUGUAUUCACACAGACUGCAGCAUCACCAAGUUCCUGAAUCGCAUCCUGGGCCUGGAGGUCCACAAGCAGAACCAUCUCUUCCAGUACUUCAUGGACAACUUCGACUACCUAAUAGAGAAGGACAAGAAGGAGGGGAAAUACGACAUGGGGAUCCUAGAUCUGGCCCCGGGUAACGACGAGAUCUACGAGGAGAAACAGGAGAACUUCCUCACGGCAGGAAACCCCCAGGAUGGACAGGUCGUGCUCUACAAGAUCAGCGUGGACCGAGGCAUGCCCUGGUCAGAAGCCUGCGAGAAGGCCGAGAAGCUGAGCCGUCCCGAGGAGGGCUUCUACCUGUCCCACAAGCUGCGAGGGAACCAUCCAUGUGUGCUCCUGGCUGAGCAGGGCCGGGGCAAGAAUUUCAUCAUCUACAAGCCCAACAUCGGCAAGCAGAACCACCCAGAGAGUCUGGACAACCUGCAGUCCCGAUACCGCAAGGUGCCCCCAGAGGAAGCUCAGGACUCCUGGGAGAACCAGUUCACCUUCUCCUUCAAGAAGUGCAGCCACGCCAACUGGAACGGCAAGUGCAAGAAGAUCGAGGAGGGCCAGGAGUGCCUGCAGGGCAUGCGUCUGCGGCAGUACCACAUGCUGUGCGGCGCGCUGCUGCGCGUGUGGAAGCGCGUGGCCGACACGGUCGCCGACGUCACGAGCACCAGCAUCCUGCAGAUCGUCCGACUCAAAACCAAACAGCACAACAAGCAAGUCGGCAUCAAGAUCCCGGAGAACUGCGUGGCGCGCGUGCGGGACGAGCUGAUCCAGAUGGACGAGGAGGUGAAGAAGCGGCGCAAGGAGAAGGAGCAGCUCCUGGAGCAGCAGCAGACGGACGACCGGCAGCGCAGGCUGGAGGCCGGCCGCCACCUGCUGGACGGCCUGAUCGCCCACAACCACGGCGGCCCCAACCACGGCCGGAACCACCAGCCCAUCGCCCCCAACCCGGGCCCCAAGCCCCAGGCUCUGAACCACAAGCUCCAGGCUCUGAACCACAAGCUCCAGGGCCUGAGCCCGCAGCAGCAGCAGCAGCAGCAGCAGCAGCAGCAGCAGCAGCAGCAGCAGCACCGGGCCCAGCCCCACGGCGUCUCCCAGCUGUCCCUCCAGAGGGCCAAGGCGGUCCAGGGCCAGGUCUCCUUACAGCGGGCGGCGUUGGCGGCCCAGAGCCAAGCCCGCCACUCGGCCCACAGGACCCCCAGUCACAUCGCGCCACGGACCCAGAACCACCGGCCCCACAACGGCAGCAGCAAGGGCCCGGGGGCGCUGCCCAGCAUGGCCACGCUCAGCUCCCACUUCCCCCAGUUCUCCCCCCGGCCCUUCAUGUCCUCCUUCCCCUCGCUGAAGAGCCACGCCCUGGCGUCCCAGGCCCUGCUGGCCAACCCCUCCUCCUCCUCCUCCGUCGGCGCUCCCUCCAAAAACCCCCUGGAGGACAUCUUGGACCUGACCAUGAGCUCGCCGUCCCACUCCCCCGACAGCACGGAGGGGGGGCUGGGCCUGGCCGGGCCCCCGGGGGCCUUCGGGGAGGACUUUGGCCUGGAGUCCCUGAUCUCGCCCAACGCGCUGGGCCUCCACCACCAGCUCUCCGCCCAGACGCAGCAGCAGCAGCAGCAGCAGCAGCAGCCUUCGCCCCUGCUGCAGCAGCUCCAGCAGCCGCGGCUCCAGCACCAGCUCCAGCUCCAGCUCCAGCUCCAGCAGCAGCAGCAGCAGCAGCAGCAGCAGCAGCAGCAGCAGCAGCAGCAGGAGGGGGGGGGGGGCCUGCUGGGGGACGGCAGCAGCCAGCCCGACUUCCUGGACUUCUUGGACCCGCUGUCCUUCGGCAUGGCCCCCCACCCCUCCUCCUCCUCCUCCUCCUCCUCCUCCACUACCUCCGCGGCCCACCUGUCGCACGCGGCCCGCGGGCUGCACGCCGCCGCCGCCGCCGCCGCGCUCGGCCCGUCCUCGCCCUCGCCCUCGCCGGCCUCGCUCUUCAGCUCGGCCCCCUCGCCCUCCUCCCUCUUCUCGUCCCCCGCCUGCCUGCACCCGCCCACAGACCCGUCACACAACGGCCACUGCGGCAGCCCCGGCACCCUGGACGUGCGGGAGGUGCUCAACAGCAUGCUCCUCGACAGCAACGACCGCAAGUCCGUCAUCAAGUACCGCCCCCCCGAGUGACUCGCCGCCGCCGCCGCCGCGCUCUGACUCUGAACCUUUUUGCGUCGCGUCUGCUGCUGUGUCUUGAGCGCGCCCAUCGGACCACCUCCCGGGCCCCCCUCAGGGCCUAUAGUCUCAUCACUGCCUGUCCCGA